AUGCCGCUGCCGCCAGCUCCCAGUCCCAGCACCGGCGCCCGCGGCGGCGCGGCGACGCCGCCCAGCAAGCCGCAGAGCCCGCUCCGCAUCACGCACGAGGGCGAGUUCUACGCGCGCCUGCUCACCAGGGAGAGCUCGGUCGGGAGCCCGCCGUCCUUCCGCUACUACGGCGCGGGGACCGGCGCCGUGCCGUUCGUGUGGGAGUCCCAGCCGGGGACGCCCAAGGAUGCCUACUCCUCCUCCUCCUCCCGGAUGCUGGCCGCUGCCGCAGUCGCGCCGGUCAUCACCCCGCCGCCCUCCUACUACCUCCGCAGCGGCGUGCCACUCGGCUACAGCGCCCGGCGCCACGGCAAGACCGGCGGCGGCAGCAGGAGUAGCGGCAAGUACUUCGGGUACAAGCUCAAGUGGGUCAAGGUCAGCUUCAUCCCCACCGUCUUCCGCCGCCUCGCCUUCGGUAAUAAGUCGAGGUCCUCAUCGUCGGCGGCGUCGGUCAAGUCCACGUCGUCGUCCUCUACACGCUGGCUCUUCUCCAGCUCCAGCACCGCCGACGACGCCGAAGCCCGGGAGCAGGAGUACUGCGGCUACGAUCCUGCUGGUGAGCCGCGGACAAAGGGGGUGUUCUGCCUCGGCAUCCGGCCGAGCCCGUGGAUGGUGCAGUUCUGCAGCGGCCAGAGGGAGCAGACUGGCUGGGUGUACGGCUGGCGCCCGUCGUAG